CCCCCAUAAGAGGGUGCCUGCGCAAUUAUUUUCAUAAGCACAGACUGCAGGUGUGGGCUACCUGAGCAGGUGUGAGCGAAGAUGCACGCACUUUACGUUUACGCACUGGUCAUUUCGGUGGCCGUGUUCUCGAUCUCCCCGGGGUUGGCGCGGCCCCGACGGACGAAGCGAGGUUUGCUGGAGCUCGCGGGUGUUAUUAAGUGCAGCACGGGGAGAGCGGCGAUGGCUUACAUGAUGUACGGAUGCUACUGCGGGCUCGGGGGGCAGGGGUGGCCCCGGGACAAAGCGGACUGGUGUUGCCACAAGCACGACUGCUGCUACGGGAAGGCUGAGGACAUGGGGUGCCAGAGCAAGACAGAGCAGUACUCCUGGACCUGUCAGGACCACCACCCCGACUGUGAGUCGAUGAAGGACAAGUGCGCACGGAUGUUGUGUCGUUGCGACCGCGAGGCCGCCCAGUGCCUGCAGAGGGCGCCAUACAUCCCCAAGUAUGCGAUGUGGCCCGACUUUAUGUGCGGGGACGACCAGCCUACGUGCGCAUACCACUGACACCAUUGCCUACAUGGAUAUUUGUAAUGCUGAAGAUACGAUUAUAGGAGAAGGGACUUUCUUAUAUCACUAAGCCUUUUUUUUUUACCUGUCAUUUCUGUUUUAGGAGUUAUAUAGCAAGUCCUGAACAUAUAAGUUCGCACUUUGUAUGAUUUCCUGAUGUUUUCACGAAAUUAGAAGAAAUGUGAAACAAUGACAAAGUUAUAUUAAAACAGAAAUAAACAAAACAAAUGUUUUAUUCAUA